AUGGCUGCUGCUCUAGUGCUCACGAACGGUUUUACAAGCCUUCUGUUGUCUUGUCGCCACCCUUCAUUCUUCGUCAUUGCAGAUACUGAAGAAUUGUUUUCAAUGUCCAUGGAAGUUGGUGAAAUAUUCAAAAACAAAAUUGGAGAGCAGAAGUAUGCUGCUCGACUAGCCAGUUGCCAAAAGGCAUCUAUCUUGAAGGCAGAGGAGCGAAAGCGGAAGGCUAAGGAACUGGCAUUGACAAAUCCUGAGGAAGCUGCUCUAUUGAAGCGAAAGAAGAAUGUGAAGAAGACGGAAUUACGAAAACGAAAGAUUGAUGUACUCAAGCCAUACCGUGUGAUAAAUCGGCUCCAUGCAGAGAAAAUGCGGGCUCAGGAUAACGAGGACGAUUAG